AUGACGGAAACUCCAUCUAUUAUGGCCAUCGAGCGUCCUACGCUCCUGGCAGAAUCCCGGGCACAAGGUCGAUAUUGCGUCUUCUUCGGCGACGAUGAAUCCCAGUUUCACGUCUAUCUUGUCUGCCCAGGCAACGGGGUUUACCGCUUCAAACUUGUCAAGCUACACGUCAAGUUGUCAGCCCAGUUUCCUGAGGAUCCCCCGAAAGUCAGGUUUCUUCCCACCACACGGCAUCAGAUCCACCCUGCUUUCUUCGUCAGCGGAAGGUUGUGCCUCAGUCUCCUGGGAGACUUCGGCCACGAAAAUUGGAAGCACCAUGUUAAGAAUUCUGAGCCUGGAUGGAUUUGCAAUGACAUGCUCCUGCACAUAUGGGAGCUACUGGACGACAAGCCGUUCAGGCGCGAGCCCUGGCGCGAAGAUAGGCCCGAACUCAAUCACUUUGUGCAAUACGUCACGUGGGAUGCCCUGCUCCUCAGGUACAUAGCCAGCGAGACGCAGGUCGAGGCCUUGGCCUGGCUUAGGGAACACGUCCGAGUACACGGCGUGGAAAUGCUAAAUGAGCUGUUGAGGCAGCGAGCUGCGUAUCCCGGCCGAAAGUAUUUCAUCAAUCCGUCCAACCAAAGAAUCCCAGCAGACUACCUGGCCCUGGUCAAGGAGCUAGGAGAGGUGGUCUCGAGGGCCCGGCUACCCCCACGGUCGUUGUCACCUCCCGCAGGAGUUGUCAGCAGCGACCUUGAGGAGAUUGACGAGGCUGCCUGGACGUGGGCUGGCCGAGUGUCGCUGAAAUGGACUCUGGCGUUCUCAGGGCAUCCUCACCAACACUUUUAG